CGUCUCAAUAUUUCCUUGAGCGCAUUUGACGUGUGCAACGAAGUUAUUUCAAUAUCCAGAUACAACGUCUCAAAAAAACGACUAGUACUGUUAUUUAAAAACAAAAAAGAUUAAAAAGAGUUCUUCAACAAAAAUGUUGAGAACGAUCGGACUCAUCGCUUUGAGCGCGUUUUUCGUUUUUACAAUAGCGGAUGAUUCGACGCAAGAAAAUCCGAUAGUAGAAGCACCCGUUGGAAAGAUUCGUGGAUCGAUCUUAACAUCGAGAUUGGGCAGGAAAAUCUAUUCGUUUCGAAGUGUGAGAUAUGCCGAACCUCCAGUCGGACAACAACGAUUUCAGGUUGCCGUACCAGCAAAAGAUUGGAAUGAAACCUACGAUGCUACUGAGGAGGGUCCAGCAUGUAGUACUUUAAGUGAGACACCUAUAUCCGAAGAUUGUUUACGUUUGAAUGUCUACACAACGAAGCUACCAUCGAAAAAUGCAAAAGGUGGAAAUUUCAAAGGUCGUCCAGUUCUGGUCUUCCUCCAUCCUGGUGGCUUCUACAUCUUUUCUGGUCAAUAUCGAUUUUUCGGACCUGAAUAUAUCAUGGAUAAGGAUAUCGUCUUGGUGACAUUGAACUAUCGGCUUGGAACCUUAGGUUUCAUAAGCACAGGAGAUUCGCUUGCACCAGGAAAUUUAGGUUUGAAAGAUCAAGUCGUAGCUCUUCGUUGGAUUCAGAGAAACAUCGCAGCAUUCGGAGGAGACCCCAACUCAGUUACUAUUGGUGGUUACAGUGUUGGAAGCAUCGCCGUGUUAUUACACAUGUUAUCGCCAAUGUCAAAAGGUCUCUUCCAUAGAGGAAUCGCAAUGAGUGGUUCUCAUAUAUCGUUAGAACCACUACCAACAGAGCAGAAACACUUAGCCAAAAAACAGGCAGAACUGUUGGGUUGUCCAACAGACACAACAGGAUCCAUGUUGAUUUGUCUGAAAUCGAAACCCAUCGAACAAUUUACUGAAACUAUGCCACAAUUUUUCGAAUGGUAUUGGAAUCCGAUGUCGAUAUGGUCAGUAGUCGUGGAGCCAGAAAUACAGGGAGUAGAAAGAUUUUUAACUGCUCAACCUAUCGAUUUGAUUAGAGAAGGCAAGAUCCACGAAGUUCCUCUCAUUAUUGGUACUACCAAAGACGAAUUUGGUGGACUGGUCACCGCUAUCGAAAAAUUAGUCAAAGCAGGAAAUACUUCGAUAUUCGAUGAUCUAAAUACAAAAUGGGAUACUUUUGCGCCCAUCAGUUUUAUGUACGAAAGAGAUACACCUCGUUCGAAACAUAUCAGUCAAGAAUUGCAUCAAUUCUAUUUCGGAAAUCAACCGAUCAGUCGAGAAUCAUACGAUGGAAUAGGUCAAAUUUAUAGCGAUAGCAUUAUCGUAUUCCCAGUACGUCGUGCCGCUCAGCUGAUUGCUGAUAAUAGUAAACUUCCAGUCUAUUUCUACAGAUUUUCAUAUGACGGACGUUUCAGUUUCUCUGUAUGGAACGAAACUACUCCAUACGGAACACCUGUACACCACGAUGAUCUGCAAUAUUUAUUUUAUAUGAGUGCCGCUUUUCCUUAUUUCAACGCAUCCGACCCGGAAAUUCAAAUGGUCGAACGUUACACUGCAAUGUGGGCAAAUUUCGUACAAACAGGUGAACCCAUUCCAAACAAUGACGAGAUGUUUAGCAACAUUAAGUGGGAGAGAUUCACAAAGGAAAACGAUAAAUAUUUAAACAUCGAUUUACAUCCUACUAUGAAGCAGGGUAUCUUUCCCGAAAGAAUGGCACUAUGGGAACGACUGUUCCCUUUACCACCACCGUCUCAUUCCACUGAUUAUCAAAAAAGUAUAAAAUCUUACUGUUAUUUAAAAACAAAAAAGAUUGAAAAGAGUUCUCCAACAAAAAUGUUGAGAACGGUCGGACUCAUCGCUUUGAGCGCGUUUUUCGUUUUUACAAUAGCAGAUGAUUCGACGUCAGAAAAUCCGAUAGUAGAAGCACCUGUUGGAAAGAUUCGUGGAUCGAUCUUAACAUCGAGAUUGGGCAGAAAAAUCUAUUCGUUUCGAAGUGUGAGGUAUGCCGAACCUCCAGUCGGACAACAACGAUUUCAGAUUGCCAUAUCAGCAAAAAAUUGGAAUGAAACCUACGAUGCUACUGAGGAGGGACCAGCAUGUAGUACUUUAAGUAAAACACCUAUAUCCGAAGAUUGUUUACGUUUGAAUGUCUACACAACGAAGCUACCAUCGAAAAAUGCAAAAGGUGGAAAUUUCAAAGGUCGUCCAGUUCUGGUCUUCCUCCAUCCUGGUGGCUUCUACAUCUUUUCUGGUCAAUAUCGAUUUUUCGGACCUGAAUAUAUCAUGGAUAAGGAUAUCGUCUUGGUGACAUUGAACUAUCGGCUUGGAACCUUAGGUUUCAUAAGCACAGGAGAUUCGCUUGCACCAGGAAAUUUAGGUUUGAAAGAUCAAGUCGUAGCUCUUCGUUGGAUUCAGAGAAACAUCGCAGCAUUCGGAGGAGACCCCAACUCAGUUACUAUUGGUGGUUACAGUGUUGGAAGCAUCGCCGUGUUAUUACACAUGUUAUCGCCAAUGUCAAAAGGUCUCUUCCACAGAGCAAUUGCGAUGAGUGGUUCUCAUAUACUUUUAGAACCACUACCAACAGAGCAGAAACACUUAGCCAAAAAACAAGCAGAACUGUUGGAUUGUCCAACAGACACAACAGGAUCCAUGUUGAUCUGUCUGAAAUCGAAACCAGUCGAAAGUUUCACUGAAACCAUGUCACGAUUUUUCGAAUGGUAUGGCGAUCCAAUCUUGAUAUGGUCAGCUGUCGUGGAACCAGAAGUACAGGGUGUUGAAAGAUUCUUAACUGCUCAACCUAUCGAUUUGAUCAGAGAAGGAAAAAUCCACGAAGUUCCUCUCAUCAUUGGUAUUACCGAGGGCGAAUUUGGUGGAGUUGUUACCGGCAUCGAGAGAUUAGUCAAAGAAGGAAAUACUUCCAUAUUCGAUACUCUAAAUACAAGAUGGAACACUAUUGCGCCCAUGAGUUUUAUGUACGAAAGAGAUACACCUCGUUCGAAAUAUAUUAGUCAAGAAUUACGACGAUUCUAUUUUGGAGAUCAACCGAUCAGUCGAGAAUCAUACGAUGGAAUAUCUCAAAUCUACGCUGAUAGCGUUAUUAUAUUCCCAGUACAUCGUGCCGCUCAACUGAUUGCUAAUAAUAACAAACUUCCAGUUUAUUUCUACAAAUUUGCAUACAAAGGACAUUUCAGUUUCGCAACGUGGAACGAUACCACUCCAUAUGGACCACCUGUACAUCACGAUGACUUGCAAUAUCUAUUUUAUAUGAGUGCCAUUUUCCCUUACUUCAAUUCAUCCGACCCAGAAAUUCAAAUGGUCGAACGUUACACUGCAAUGUGGGCAAAUUUCGUACAUACCGGUGAACCCAUUCCAAACAAUGACGAGAUGUUUAACAACGUUAAAUGGGAGAGAUUCACAAAGGAGAACGAUAAAUAUUUAAAUAUCGAUUUACAUCCCACUAUGAAGCAAGGUAUCUUUCCCGAAAGAAUGGCUCUAUGGGAACGAGUGUUCCCUUUACCACCAUCGCCUCACUCCAUUGAUUAUCAGAAAAGCCAAUAAAAUCUUGACGAUGAUGCCAUAAUGCAAACAUCGAACUGUAUUUCAUAUAUGUAUAUAUAUCUUUUAUAAAGUAGAAAGAAAUAAAAUUCUACUGUUUUAAACAACGAA